CGAAUUUGGCGUCUUCAGCCGCUAGGGCAAGGCUCCAGCGUCUGCCCCAUCGAGUAUUCGCCGCAGCAGACGCCCCGAAAGGAAGCUCGUAUUCAAUGACGAUGGCACGCCCGCCAACAGCCGAGCUUGCGAGCUACCUUCUCGCUGGCCGCCUCGCUAGCCAGGGUUGCUUAAGGCUCCGGCGCCAAGCGGCCGGGAGAUUAAUCUCGAUUCCUUUGCGGCGUGCGCUGCCGGCUCAAACACGCCGACUUCAUGCAUCGACUGGCACCGAACCCCCACCGCAACCGCCGGCGCCGAGCAGCCCCGCGGGCCCCCUCCGCAAAACACUCAAGGAUCAAGCCAAGGCCGCCAAAGCACUGAAUAAGGGCAAGAAGAAGAAAAGCAACGCGGACCGCCAGACGUUCCCAGGCUGGGAGCUCACGGUCGGCAUCGAGGUCCAUGCCCAGCUCAAUACAAGCCGCAAGCUCUUCUCCCCCGCACCCAUCCCCCCCGCCGGCAGUGCCCCGCAAGCAAACACCCUCGUCGCCCCCUUCGACCUCGCCAUCCCGGGCACCCAGCCCGUCUUCCAGCCCGGGACGCUAGUACCCGCCAUCCGGGCCGCACUCGCACUCAACUGCGACAUCCGCCGCGUCAGCCGCUUCGACCGCAAGCAUUACUUCCACUGGGACCAACCCUCGGGCUACCAGAUCACCCAGUACUACGAGCCCCUCGCCGUCGACGGGCACCUUGACCUGCGCGCGCGAGACGGCAUCGCGCCACAGGACAUAUCCGAGGAUGGGGAGCCCCUGCGCGUGCGCAUCAAGCAAGUGCAGAUGGAGCAGGACACGGCCAAGACGCUGGCGCGGCCCGACGGCGUACACUGGCUCGACUUCAACCGCUGCGGCGCGCCGCUCGUCGAGAUCAUCUCGGAGCCCGACAUGCACCACCCGGCCACGGCGGCCGCCUUUGUGCGAAAGGUGCAGAUGCUCCUCUCCGCCUCGGGUGCCUGCGUAGCCGGCAUGGAGCAGGGGGGCCUGCGCGCCGACGUCAACGUAUCGGUGCGCCGCGUCGGCGACGCCGCCCUCGGCCGCCGCACCGAGAUCAAGAACCUGUUCAGCUUCAGGGCUGUCGAGGACGCCGUCAUCGCCGAGCGGGACCGGCAAAUCGCCGUCCUCGAGGCCGGCGGCUCCAUCGCUGGCGAGACGAGGGGCUGGUCGCUCGGCAGCACCGAGACGCGCCGGCUGCGCGGCAAGGAGGGCGAGGUUGACUACCGCUACAUGCCGGACCCGGACCUGGGCCCCGUCGUGGUCGGCGACGACGUGGUGCCGUACCUUCGAGGCACCAUGGGCGUCAUGCCAGACGAGGAGAUGGACGACCUCGUGGCCUCGCACGGCCUGUCCGAGACGGAUGCGCAUGCGCUCAUGCUUCUCGACGACGGAGGCCGGCUCGAGUUUUACUACAGGGUCGUGGACGCGCUCGAGGCGCGCAUUGGCGAUGCCUCGGGCGCCGUCAACCUUCAGCCGCGCGUACUCGCCGCGAACUGGAUCCUGCACGUUCUCGGGAGCCUGACCUCUGAGAACAACGCGCGUGAUCGCGCCGCCGGUGGCUUGGAGCCGCGCGGGCUCCAGGUCACGCCCGAGGGCGACGCAUUCAUCCGCCCCGCCGACAUGGCCGACCUCCUCUUCUUCCUGCAUUCGGGAAGGAUCCGCCAGGGCACGGCCAAGGACGUGCUCUUUGCCAUCUUCAAUGGUGUCGUCCCGCAGGACUACCUGACCGGCGCGCCCGAUGGUGGCGGCAUCGAACGGUACAUCGAGGAGAAGGGCCUCUGGUUCGCCGAGCUGUCCGAGGACGAGUACACGAGUCUAGCCGAAUCCGUGCUGGACGCCGAGGAGCACGUGCUGAAGGAGCUCCUGGGGGAGCAGUACCCCAAGCGCAAGCUCAUGUUUCUUGUCGGCCAGAUGAUGAGGUCGGAGGCGAAAGACCGCUUGGACCCAGCCAGGGUGCAGCGCGUUAUGCGGGAGGUUGUCGACAAGCGGAUCGUGGCCCUGAGGCCCUGAGGAACUAGCGACGACCCUUGAUAUUUUCGCGUCUUGACAAUAGUCCUAGCUAGUAGUUAAUUUGUCCUCUGUCAUCCCUCACAUCGUCCUUAGAUCAAACUCCAGUGUAAUUGUGGCUAGGAACCUAUGAGCAGUUUAAGACCGCUGCGAUGUCCGUCCUCCUCGUGCGGCAUCGGGUGUGUUCCGGAGCCGAAUCUCUGUAUAUCCGACGACGAAUCUACCAUCUCGAACCACUCCUUGAAAAUCAACGCGCUUUGCAGGGACAAUGAGCCAAAAAAUGCCAGCUCCAUGUCACGGUAAGCAAAAACCACCACCCAGCUCCCUUCCUUUUUCAUCUCAACGUGUGGGGAUCCAUCACCAGCCGUCGUCUUCGUGGAGUACGAAUGGGAAUCAGGUUCAAUAGGAUCCAAUCAGUUCCCCAAUAGACCGACCGAUGGCGCGCGAUCGGCUACCAAUUCUGGCA